AUGCUGUGGACUGCGAGUCUCUGUGUCCUCUGGGCCUCAUCGGUCCUCGGAGCGCCGGUAAACAACGAGAGACAGAAGGUGCUGCUGGUCUCAUUCGAUGGUUUCCGGUGGGAUUACGACCGUGACGUGGACACGCCGAACCUCGACCAAAUGGCCGAGGACGGCGUCAAAGCCCAGUAUGUCACCCCUCCUUACCUCACCAUCACCAGUCCGACACACUUCACCCUCUUGACAGGCCGCUACAUUGAGAAUCACGGGGUAAUCCACAACAUGUUUUUCAACACAACCACCGGAGAGAAGAAGUCUUACUAUCAGAGUCAGUUUGUGAAUCAGUGGUGGGACAAUGGCACUCUGCCUAUCUGGAUCACAGCACAGAGACAGGGCCUAAAAGCUGGCUCUCUUCACUUUCCUGGCACAGCUUCCAGUUACCAGGGACAGGUUGCUAUGGUGCAGGAAGUGGAGCCGCAGCUUUACGACUACAAGAACGAGACCGCUUGGCGAGAAAACACAGAUAAAGUGAUGAGCUGGUUCAGAGACCAGGACAUGGACUUUGUUUCCUUCUACUUUGGCGAGCCUGACGGUACAGGCCACAGAUACGGUCCGGACUCUAAUGAACGUAGAGAGAUGGUGAAACAAGUGGACCGAACAGUGGGCUAUAUUCGGCAAUCAGCUGAGCGACACGAGCUGACUCACCGCCUUAACAUCAUCAUCACGUCAGACCACGGCAUGACCACCGUGUAUCGUAAUGGUCUGGUGGAGGAUAUCACCCUGUCAAAGAUCCCAGGCUUUUCAUUCGGGGACCUGUCCUUCCACUUGGUGGACUACGGACCUUCCGGGAUGCUGUUGCCCAAGCCAGGCAGGCUGGAGGCGGUUUACAAUGCCUUGAAAGGGGCUCAUCCACAUCUCCACGUGUACAAGAAGGAGGACGUGCCAGAGCACCUUCGCUUUACUAAAAAUGAUCGCAUCCUCCCCAUCAUUUUAUGGGCCGACCCUGGAUACGUAAUCAACGGGUAUUUCCCAGUUCAAUUCAACAAGGGAGAGCAUGGCUAUGACAACCAAGUGAUGGACAUGAAGCCUUUCUUCAGGGCAGUGGGUCCAGCGUUUCACAAAAACCUAAAGGUGGGGCCCUUUGAGACGGUGAACAUCUACCCCUUGAUGUGUCACAUCCUGGGCAUCGAGCCGGAGGUCAAUGACGGCCAUCUCAACGCCACCAAACACAUGCUGGUUACUAGCACUGCUGCUCGAGGUGAGUUUAGGAAGUACUUGAAAAACGCCUUCACUGGACUGGCUGCGGUAGCUGGAUUUCUUGUCAUAGUGUUUGCAGCAGCAGUGGUCCAACGACUACUCAAGCAGAAACGCAAGACAAAAAGAUCAGGAAGUUUGAGAGAUCUUCCGGAAAAAGAAGACGCACAUCAAACUUCAUUUUGA